CCUGUAAUGAGGUUCGCAUAAAUGACAAGGAAGCUAUACGAAUGGCCACCACUUAUUUCUUAUCUCUACUUCAACAUCGCCAAAAUCGUAACCAAAGAAAUGUAUAUAAAAAUCUUGCAUAUAUG